AUCAGUGGUGAUUCACAGAUAACGUAUAAGUGCCAACGGCCGUGACUGACUGCUCUGCCGCAAACUUGACUUUGUUUCUGGCUUUGAUCGGAUCAAGCGGCCUCUUCGUUCCCCCAUCACUCUUUAGAUGCGUGUGCACUUGUAGCCAACCACGAGGCGCUCUAAAGCACCUAAACUAAUGGACUAUCUGAAAAGCAUUUUCAAGGUGUAGAUACAGCCGGCUAGUAAGUCUCAGCGAGAAAAACACGACGUCUAGUACCAAGUGUGACGACUGACUGGCUGCAUGACAAAUAGGUGCAGUCAUGGCUCGUGGUGCUGAGGCGUGCGAAAGCGAGACAGCCACCAUCAUGGCGAGCCUCCCCCCAGAACCCACUCAAGACUUCACCAAACGCAGCUUCUGGAUGCCUGGGAAUUAUGUACCGACGGUGCACAGAACCCAGCAGUCCUACCGGGCCUGCAACGACCUGGUGGCCUGCUUUGCCGAGAGGGCCGCGGUGGAAAAGCAGUAUGCCCAGCAGCUCAGGCAGUGGAGUGCCAAGUGGAAGGCCAUCAUGGAUUCUCGGCCGCUCUACGGUUCGCUGAUGGCGGCCUGGCAGAGCUUCUUCACCUCUACCGAGCGCCUGUCCGCUCUCCAUUUGACCAUCUCGGAGUCCCUCGUGGCCGAGGAAGGCGUCCGGGUCAAGACCUGGCAGAGGGAUACGUUCCCCAAGAAACUCUUUUGCGGCCUCCGGGAAAGCCACGACAACAACACUAGUUUUUCACGAGCGCAGAAACCGUGGAACAAGAGGCUGAGCAAGCUGGAGAAGGCCCGGGCCACCUACCACAAGUGUUGUCAGAAGGAACAGAGUGCCAUGGACAAAGAGAAACAAGUCAACGACGUUGAAAAUAUCAGUCCAGAGAAAAAGCAGAAGGUGGCGGAGGCCAGAGAGGUCGCCACCGACGCUAAGGAAAAGGCUCGGGAGCGCUACGAGAAAAUCCUGGAGGACGUGACGAGCUACACGCCGCGUUACAUGGAGGAGAUGGAGGUGAUUUUUGAGCAGUCGCAGGAGGAAGAGAGGAAACGCAUCAGCUUCUUGAAGCAGGCCUUCCUGUCCAUCCACAGACACCUCGACGUCACCAACAAUGAGAACAUAAAGGAAGUGUACAACGACCUCCACCAAACCUUGAUGGCCAUCAACGAGGAAGAGGAUCUCAAAUGGUGGAAGAACAAUCACGGGCCUGGCAUGCUCACCAACUGGCCGAAAAUCCAGGAGUGGGUCCCACCGGUGAAGAAGCUGAAAAGAAAGAAGAGAGAGCAGAAAAGCAAAGAAGGCCAGCCAGUGAUGAUCGGAGGCGUGAAGGUUCGAGCUCUGUAUGACUACACGGGGGAGGAGGGGGAUGAGCUCUCCUUUAAAGCAGGUGAGGAGUUCCUGAAGGUGGAGGAGGAGGACGACCAGGGCUGGUGCCGAGGGAUCCUGAGCGGAGGGAAGGAAGGUUUCUACCCGUCCAAUUACGCCGUACUCGUCGAGUGACGUCACUCUCCCUGGAACUAUUAUGUCCUGAAGCAAUGUCGCGUGCACACACAAGAAAUAGGUUUGCUUUUAAAUUCUGCUUGUACGAUCAAAUGAAGAGAGAACUUGGAAGCCACUGCAGGUGAAUAAAUUCUUUGAUUCAAAACAAUACACGUGUGUGACAGUGGCACAACGUCGAGCAGGGUUUCCCAAAUUGAGCCAAUGAAUGUGAAAUUUUUUGCAAUCAUCAGCAGAUGUACAGGUCAUAUUAUUCUACUUUAUGUAUGUUGAGAAACCAAGUUUGGGUCUUGAAGUGUUUUAGGAACCCUGACAUUUGUCAAAUAAAAGCAUCCUGUUUUCCAUC